AUGAAGAAGGGUGUUGCAGCCUUGUUUGUGAUGGUUGUAAUGGCAGUGGCGCUGGUUCACGACACCGCAGCCAUGACCUGCAACCUGUUGGAGCUCGUUUCGUGCAGCGUGGCGAUCAAGUCGGGGGAGAAUCCGUCCGCGGAGUGUUGUGCUAAGCUCAAGGAGCAGCAACCGUGCUUCUGCCAGUACAUCAGGAACCCUCUCUUGAAGCCUUACGUAGACUCUCCUAAUGCUAAGAAAAUUGCUGCCGCCUGCGGAAUCCAGCCUCCGACUUGCUGAUUUCGUAAUUCUUUUCUGUAUUGUUCCAAUUUUAUCAGAUGUCUCCAAAGGGAUAUAUAUCCUCUUCUUAAUUCUUAUUUCUAAUCACGGAUUAUCGAGUUUUGCUAUA